CCUCCUGCAAGGGCUGCAAAAUAACACCCCCAAGAGGAGAGCGUCGUGCCAAAGCGGUGCAAGGAGCCGGAGUUGUCACCAGGAAGCAAGAUGGAGGAACGGGACUCGCCGGGACCCAAAGCAGGGGAGCGAUUGGCAACCGGAGGGAAAGAUCUUCGCAUUGUCCAGGUGGAGACAAUCGGGGAGUUCCUGACAGGGGUGACUCCACCUCAGAUUAAGCAAGAACCUGAAGAGGGGUUCUGGGAAGCCGAGAGGCAGGAGUUGAAGACCCCGUCACCAUAUUCCCGCUGGGGAAAUUCACAGCUCCCUCCGCCCCUAUCUGAGGACAAUACCACGGAUUAUCAGGUCCCCUUCAAGGGAGUCGCUGACACCAAACAGUGGUCUCCUAGAGGACAGGCUGUGGGCCAAACCCUGCCAGGCCAAGAAGGCCCCGAUGUCUAUGGGAGCCGGGAUCCUGUGACUGGAGUAAAGGAAGAGAACCCAGAGGAGGGGGCCGUCCCUAUGGAGCUACGGUGCCAACGCUUCCGGCAGUUCGGCUACCAGGAGGCCGAGGGUCCCCGAAAGACAUUCUGCCAGCUCUGGGAUCUCUGUCGUCAGUGGCUGAAGCCCGAGAGGCACACCAAAGAGCAGAUCCUGGAGCUGGUGAUCCUGGAGCAGUUCCUGUUGAUCCUGCCGCUGGAGAUGCAGUGCUGGGUCAGGGAACGGGGCCCGGAAAGCGGCAGCCGGGCGGUGGCCUUGGCCGAGGAUUUCCUCUGGAGACCGCAAGAGGCUCAGAGUUCAGAGCAGAAGCCACCAGAGGAUUUGGAUGGCUUGUCUGCCGAAUCCCCCAAGUCGGAACUAGAUCCCUCUGACAUUGUGAAGAUCGAGCUCCCCAUGGACAGCGACGGAGGCAAUGACCAGCAGCAGUAUAUUCUCGGGGAAGGAGCUGGCUUGCAAGAGGGAACUUAUAGCAACGUGCGGAAAAAGGGUGGCUUUGACCCUCUUCCCAAGAACCAGAAGAUGGUGCCAAAGGAAAAGCUGCACAAAUGCCAAUAUUGUGGGAAGCUCUCUGACUGCAGGGCCCACCUCAUCAUCCACGAGAGGACCCACACCGGAGAGAAGCCGCACAAGUGCUCGGCCUGCGGUAAAAGCUUCACCCGGAAAGAAUCCCUCAUUAUCCACGAGAGGUUCCACACUGGCGAGAAGCCGUACAAAUGCUCCGUGUGCGGCAAGACCUUCAGCGAUAAGAUCGGCCGCCUGAUUCACGAGAGGACGCACACGGGGGAGAAGCCGUACAAGUGCUCCGAGUGCGGGAAAAGCUUCGGGACUCGCUGUAACCUUCUGAGACACCGGAGGGUGCACACGGGGGAGAAACCGUACCGGUGCGCCGAUUGCGGGCAAAGCUUCAGGUACAGGCCGCAACUGGUGAUCCACGAGGGGACCCACAAGGGGGAGAAGCCCUAUAAGUGCCCGGAUUGCGGGGAGAGCUUUAGCCAGACCCGGCAUCUUGUGAUACACAAGUGGACCCACACUGGGGAGAGGCCCCACAAAUGCGCUGUCUGCGGCAAAAGCUUCAAUCAGAAAUCGGACCUGAUUACGCACACGAGGACCCACACGGGGGAGAAGCCGUACGUCUGCUCCGAGUGUGGGAAGAGCUUCAUUUCCAGCUGCCAGCUUAGGAAACACGAGAGAAUCCACACAGGUGAGAAGCCGUACCAGUGUUCCGAGUGCGGCAAAUGUUUCACCUACAGCUCUCACCUGACGACGCACAAGCGGACGCACACAGGGGAGAAGCCGUACCAGUGCCCGGACUGCGGCAAGUGCUUCAUUUCCAGCUCCCACUUCACCGCCCACAAACGGACACACACAGGGGAGAAACCCUACCAGUGUUCGUACUGCGGGAACAGCUUCAUCCAGAGGUCGCAGCUCGCCAAACAUGAGAGGUCGCACACAGGGGAGAAGCCCUACAUCUGCUCCGAGUGCGGACAGAGCUUCCGGUGGAGCCAAGGGCUCAAAAAGCACAUGCGGACCCACACGGGGGAGAAGCCGUACAAGUGCCCCGAAUGCGAGAAAACGUUCUCCAGCUCCUCGAAUCUUUCUAGGCAUCAGAAAAUCCACGCCAGGGAGAAACCGUAAAGGAACUUUAGGUGAUAGGAGGGACCGCAGCAAGAAGGCUUUAAGGGCCUAGGCCAGCCUUUCCCAAAUCUGGUGUCCAAAAGCAAAAAUGGGAG